AUGAACUAUGCCAUUACAUUCACAACAAAUGCCAUACAAUAGGAAGACCAUUUCCUAUAUACUUCCAGAACCUGACUUGGAUAGUUUACUACAAUUGGCUAGCGUUUUAUCGGAUACAAAACAAAAAAGUCAAAUUGAAAAGUUUGUCGCCUGUUUUCGACAAAAGAAAUAUAUUGGAAAACUACUUGAUAUCUUUGAACAAUGCGAACAACAAAUUGAUCUUUCAAAUAUUCGAACAUUACGAGGCAUCUUUAAUACUUUAUUAUUAUGGGCUGAUAUCAAUAUGAUACAAGAAUUUGUUUUGGAAACACAUAUAAAAGGCGUACUUCGUGUACUUGAAUUGACAUCAAAGAAAAGUCUAUCCUAUCAUGAACAAUUUGAACAGUUUCCGAGAAUGAAUGUUAAAAAUAUACUUCCAAAGCAACUUGGUCUCAAAAUACGACAAAUAGAAAACUUGGAAUUCUUCAAAACUCGUGUUGCACCACAGUACAAACAAAAAUCUCAAAUUAUAAGUGCAAUAGAUCAAUUGAUUUGGUGGUAUCAUUGCGAUAUAGUAAAUUGGUUACAACAGGAUAACAAUCUCAUAUAUGAUUUAUUCAACAAAUUGAAAUAUCAAGAAAAUCAACUACUUAUUAUAAAGUUUUUAUGUCUAGUAUUUGGUUUUGCUUCAAAAGAUAUGCAAAGAUUCGCUGGUAUAUCUUUCUUCAGAAUACUUGCAGAAAAAGGACUUUUGAAUGAAAUACAAUAUCUUUUAUCUGAUGAUGAUCACUCUGAUAUACGAAAUACGGCGGCUGGAUUAUUACACAUUGCUAUUCAACUGGAUUCUGGAAUUGUACAAGAACAUAUUUUGAUACAAGCCGAGAAAUACAAACAUCAACAACCCAAUUUAUUACAAGUAAUAUUAGAACAAUUGACAAAGGACGAAGAUGAUUUCCGGUUGAAACAACAACUUUUUGAUUUAGUCAAAAUUAUUCUUGGAAUUGGUAACAACAGUUCAAAUCAACAACAAUCCUUAUCAACUCCCACACCCCAGACUCUCUUUGGUGAUGAUCCUAGGACAGGAAAUAUAUUGAAACUUUUCUAUGAACGAUAUGCUACACUGCUUCUUCGAUCUAUCCAUUCUAUUCAAGUCAAAUCAGUGGACCUGGUAAAUCCUGUGGAAAAUUUAAUUAUGGACCCAGAUCAAAUAUUAUUUUAUGGAAACCUCUGUGAAUUUUUACAAUCAAUGAUACUUCAUUAUGGUGGACGAACAAAGCGUAUUCUUCAUGAUCCUCGAUGUUUUGCAAAUAUGGUUCAACUCCUCCGUUGUCAAGAUCCUUUAUUGAAAAUACAAACAUUACGAUUCUUUCGUGCAGCUAUAGGAAUGCGGGAUAUGGAAAUGAAUGCAAUGAUGAUUGAACAAAAUGUUUUUAUUCUUCUCGUACGACUAUUCCUAGAUGUAUAUACUCAACCUGACAGUACUCUCUAUUCUGAAUGUUUGGAUGUAUUUGAAUUUAUACAAUUGCGAGGAAGCAAAGAAAUUGUGAAUCAUAUUAUGGGUGAAUAUGGUAGUAUCCUAGAACCAGUGGUGACUCUCCGUCCAUUCAAUCUGCUCAAGCUGAAAUAUGACAAGAACUUGGAGUCCAUGGUUGAUAACUCUAUCGCCUAAGUUUAUACAUAAAUAUUUUGUACUCUUUGUUUCUCCGCAGCAAAUAAACUACUGUAUUCAAGUUACUUUUUUUUUUCUUUUCUUUUUAUUUCGAUUUUUUUUUUUUUUU